AUGGCGGAGUCCCUACUGGAUUAUGCCCCUCCCGAGUUCGCUCGCGUACUUGCGGGCGAACCGGUGCCACCGGCUGGAGGCGGAGAACCAGUACGCGCAGAAAUUGCGCGUACAUUCACGAUGGCCAAUUUUAUCGUGGCUGCUGUCGACUCGUACUCCGCCGACUGGACCGACUACACAAACGCUUCCAGCGCUCAUUAUCCAGCGACACCAUCGGUAUCUCUGGAGGCUGCAGACGCGCAUCUGCCAUCGUACAUCCGUGCAGAUCUCGAAGCGGAUCGGAUGAUCCCCGACGAGCGCUUGGCUGAAGCAGUUCGUGCCGCUUUGCCGUCCGUCGGAAACGUCUGUGCGCGUCCAUCGGCGUCCGUGCCCGAAAUGGGCGUCUGGACUUGCCCCGAAUGCGCGCAUACUAUCGACCCCAUGGAACUCACAAUCGGCGAGGCUGUUCUGAUCGCCAGCUACCUGGGUGUUGGUCCAGACUGUGGCGUCAGGGAGACGGAUCGGGAUGGUCUCAUUGAAUUGGACCGCGAUAAUCCCUGGCUGUUCAUGCGCUGCAUUGAUUGUCUGGCUUGGAGUCAUCUCGCCGAGCAUCUUGCCACCCAAUGUGUUACUUUCUGGUUCCCAAGCCCAGUAUCUGCUUAUCAGUCAGGUCCCGGGUUGUGGUGGGAUCAAGAACGGUUGCUCACGCGUGCGACUUGGCUCCCUCUGCGAACCGAGGUCGACGCGCUCGAGCGGACUGCACAAUACAAUUUCCGCAUGUGGAAGGUGAAGAAGAUGAUAGACGUUGCGGACAGGGGUCUUCACGCCGCACGCUUUCAGCUCACCCGCUGGCGUCGAGACGCCAUUGCAGCCCGUGAGACUCUGGUUCGAACGAUGUUCGGCGCGGGCCGAAGCAUCGUAGACACUGGUCUGGCGCUGGUACAUCUCGUGGAGCAGCAGGAAACAGAACCCGCGCGGCAACGUUUGCAAGAGGAUCGGGACACAUCUCGCUCGCUGAGGCGGACGUGGCUCCGUCAGAAGGAGCGGUGGGCUCGCAUGUACUUAGGCAAUUGA